GCGUUCAUUGGUGUUGACCUGGAGACACGUCAGUCCCUCGUGACUCUGCCAGCAAUAGCGUAACAAAAGGCGGAUGUUCUUAGCAAGCUAGCUGACCUGGGACAAGGUUUAAUGAAGCUGGUUAACGAUAGCUAGGUGGUCAAGAUUUUCACGUUUCAAAAAAUAGACAUAGAUCCCGGCAAACUGACAUAAGGACAACAUUUUUGAUUUUGUCCCUGCGCCGUAUUAUCGCCGUUUGAUUGUUGAACAGCAUAAUUACGUUAGUCCCAGGGAAGGAUGGCCUCCCGUAAGAAGGUGCUGCUGAAGGUGAUCAUCCUCGGAGACUCUGGGGUAGGGAAGACAUCUCUGAUGAACCAGUAUGUAAAUAAGAGGUUCAGUAACCAAUACAAGGCCACUAUAGGAGCUGACUUCCUCACCAAGGAGGUGAUGGUGGAUGACAGGCUGGUCACCAUGCAGAUCUGGGACACGGCAGGGCAGGAGCGGUUUCAAUCUCUGGGUGUGGCGUUCUACCGUGGGGCUGACUGCUGUGUGCUGGUCUAUGAUGUCACGGCGCCCAACACCUUUAAGACUCUGGACAGUUGGAGGGAUGAGUUCCUGAUCCAGGCCAGCCCCAGAGACCCAGAUAACUUCCCCUUUGUGGUGCUAGGCAACAAGAUUGACCUCGAGAACAGACAGGUGACAACAAAGCGUGCCCAGGCCUGGUGUGCCAGUAAGAACAACAUCCCCUACUUUGAGACCAGUGCCAAGGAGGCCAUCAACGUAGACCAAGCAUUCCAGACCAUCGCCCGCAACGCCCUCAAACAGGAGUCUGAGGUAGAGACGUAUGACUUUCCAGACCAGAUCAAACUGAGAGACGACCGGUCCUCCUCCUCCAGCGACGGCUGCUCCUGCUGAGACCAACGUUGGACGGACGUUGGAUGGAGGAGAGGACAUGGGUGCAUCGCAAUAGUGCUCCUUGUCUCCUUUUCGUCCUCUGCACUGGUGUGAAAGAUUGGGACAGGUGAAGCCAUCUCCCCACAUCCUUCCUGUGUUUUCACAUCGGUGCAGAUGAAGGGGAGGAAGCCACUUUAGACUAUUGAGAUGCACCCCAUGAAGAGAGGCGGGGACCCCCCGUCUCUGCCCUCCCUUCCUCAGUCAGCUACUGAAGAUUCCAGAUGAAAAGAAAGAAAACACAUUUUUCUUAACUCACUGUCUCCCGUGGUGACCUGACAGGAAGGAGAGGAGAAUCCCCCAUUUGCACAGCAUCACUUUUUAAUAAGAUAGAAGAACCGGUGAUACUAUGGAAAAUACAAUCAUGAUGCUCCUAUUAUAAUCAUUUCUAAUAAUGUUGUCAUGUCUUUUAGUUCUUGUCGUUUUAAUUGUUUCAUCCUUUUAUACUGAGGUAUAGACUAUUUGUCUGUUUGUUUGUGGUCAAAGUAGAAGUUGUCAUUAACUACUGAUCUAGGAUCAGAUUACUCUUGGCCAAACCUAACCUUAACCAUUAGAGGGAUUGGUUAGGAGCAACUCUUACUUACUCUUCUCGCUCUGUGCCUUUCAUCUCAUGACAAGUAUUACUGCAGCAGAUCUGUCAUAUUAAUCUAUAUAUACAGUAUAUGUGGUGUUUUUCUGCCUUUCAGCAGUCCUUAUUUUGCCAAACUGUCAACCCCUAGACCCUUAGAAAAAUGUAAAUUUGAAUCUGUUGUAUUUGAUAAGUGUCUGUUUUUAAACAGUUGUGUAGAGGGUGCUAAACUAACCAGAUGCAGUGAAGGUAACUGUGUGCAGUCAAAAUAUGACGGUGUGCACUGACAUUCUCUCGACCCAACAGCAACAUCGGUUCUGUUCUUUUAUACUGGUUAGUUCAGUACAUUUCUUAUCUUGUUAUCCAUACUACACAACUGUAUCCCUGUAGAGGCUGGUCAUACAUUUUAUGGAAUGAAGACAUGAGAUGAGCAGUCACUAUGGGCCUGUCUCAAGUUUAAACCCUAGCCCCCUCAAGGCUCCUAAUAGAUCAAAAAUGAUCUGAUUUGUGUAAGCAGUGUGGUUCUAGUGAAAUAGUAGUUGGCCAUAUUGCUUACACUACUUCUCAGGUCUACCAGGAGGCUAUCUAGAAGUGUCUAGGGAAAGAGGGGAGGGUUUGGGACUGGACCCCAUGUCCUCUGCCCUAACAGUGGGCCGUGCCCCUCUUUGGUCCUACUGAUCACCUCUCUCCUAGUUUUUUUUCUAUUCCAUUGUCUUAAAUCUGCCUUCCUAUUCUACACCAUCCACUAGUGUUGCUGUGUGUUCUAGUAACAGAAAUGAAUUGACUCUUUCAUGCCAACAACCAAUGAGCAAAAAUCCUUAGUCAUCUAUCUACGUGAACAUUUUCGCACAACUCCUUCAACUGUCAUAUUUUGUUGCAUAUCUCUUCGCUGUAAAACAUAAAUAUUUACUUUAUGGAAA